AUGCCACUAGUGCCGAAAAUUUCGCCCGCCGUUCGUGAGGAGGAAUGCUUGAAGGCUAAAGCAUGGCUACAACAUUUGGCGGAUUCUUGCAGACAAUCAGACGUAGAAGAUGCGCCUGCAAUUGGACUGAUCCAAUCUUUGCUGGCUGAGACGGAUGAUUCGAUGCCUCCAACUGCUUUAAAGUUGAUGGGAAAUGAGGCGCCACUUCGAGAACAGAGACUAGAUGACACCACGUUAAGAGUCUUGAUAACGCCACUCUCUUCGGUGCCGCUGUUCAAGAAGCUGGAACUAUCCUACAACAAAAUUGGUGAUGACGGUGUAAUGGAGCUGGCGCAAUUCUUAACGGAGGACAAGUUUCUUGAGACCAUCAUACUGAAAUCCAACAAUAUUGCGUCGGAUGGUGGCAGUGCACUCGCUCAUGCCUUGACUUUGAAUGAUCACGUCAAGGAGUUGGAUUUGAGUAAUAACGACAUAGGAAAAGGAGGUGGAAUGGAUCUAGCGAGCAUGCUACAGUUGAAUACAACGCUACGAACCCUGAAUUUGAGUGGCUGCUCACUCACACUGGAUCCUCUCAUUGCCUUGGCCACUGUACUUCGAAACAAUGCCACUAUAACUGUGUUGGACUUGUCUGACAACGCAUCACCUACUUCAUCAGCCACUCAAUCUCUCCAGAAUGCAUUCACAUCUCAUUGGAGUCGUACUCUUCGUGUUAACUCGACAUUAAGGGAGUUGAGGUUACGUAAAAUGGGGUUGACUGAUUGGGGUGUUGUAGAUGAUUUUGCCUCCGCUGUUGGUGCAAAUAAGGGUUUGAGAGUUCUUGAUCUUAGCGGAAACAAGAUUACUCAAGACGGAUCCUGCAAGUUGUUCAUGGAACUGAGACAACAACCUUACUUGAGAUCCCUCUUCCUAUCGAGCUGUAAAAUUCAAGAUCAAGGAGCCGAAGAGUGCCGAAAAAUGUUGAUGAGCAACACGGUGCUCAAAAAGUUGACUAUUGAUAACAAUGGGAUCACCAGUGUUGGACUAAAAGCUAUUGCACAAGCCUUCCAACAAAACACUACCCUUCAAAGCUUGAAGCUGUGGGGUAACCAAUGGGAUUCCAGUGCUUGCGAGGUCUACAAUGCUCUUCAAACAAGUAAUGGUGACAAGAACUCCAAGCCUAGAUUCUCUGCUUCCGAUCUGGAUGUGGCCUUCUACACUGUUUCUGGUGUGAUGCACGUAGCUCAUCAAGACUCUGACAAGUAA